AUGGUUCAGGCUCGUCUGGUUUUCGCUAUUGCAAUACACGCUCGAGGUGAGGCGAAUGAAGGGGUAGCGAUGCUCCAGCUCGCAAUCGACCUGGCGAUUGACCUUGGUAUGAACACCACGGUAUUUGCCACAUCGAAUGCCAAUUUAUCUCCAUGCCUUGCUGAGAGUUUUCGCCGAACAUGGUGGGAGCUUUUUGUGGUGGAAGGUAUCAUGUCUGCUGUACAUCGUCGACCAAGUAUGAGGACCGCAUCGGUCGUUUCAGGAGCGUUGCUACCCUGUGAGGAUUUUACAUACGCCGAUGGGGCGUGCUUCUCGGGGAGUCCUUCACUAUCCCAAUUCUCUGAUCGUCACUUUGCAGAAGAAGAAGUCGACUUCUCUUCAUCUUGCUACCGCAUCGAGGCAGUCCAGAUUCUCUCGAGGGUCUUGUCAAUUGCGAACGCCGAAGCACAUCCGGACGAAGUGCAAGCAAUCGAUAACUCACUUGCCGCUUGGUCGCAUUAUGUCCCACCCGACAAGCGUGACCUCAUCUCCAACUCUGGUGAAGUCGAUGAGUUGUUGUUCCAAGCACAUAUGAUCAUUCACUGGGCAACAAUCCUGCUACACAUGCCCCGCAGUGAGCUUCUUUCCGUUCACCCUGCAUCCGCAGAUAUCUUCUGUGCAAAAGGCGACAAACAGAUGCCAUCCACGGACACCAAGCAUGCUCACGCAAGCAAAGCGACAGAUGCUUCGAAAGAAUUGUCAAAUAUGGCAGCUCUCCGCAGCCCAGUACAGAAACAUACACCUUUCUUCAUCUGUGCUCUGGUAAUCGCAUCGGUGGUACAACUCGCAGCAUGUACUCUCCACAACUGCCGUUGCAUGUAUCAGCAUCGCGAUCGAAUCACUCUUGUAGUUGGUCUGUUGAAGUCACUCAGCUUGCAUUGGGCAUGUGCUGGCUCUGUCCUUGUCAAAAUCAAGAAGAUUGCAGCCAAGGUACUGAAGUCAGAUAAUUGUACCAUGACUGUCACUUCCACACAAUGUGACAGCUGCACAGAUAGCGGUCUUGGGACCAGCAUCGGUGCUGAAGAUGUGCCUUGGUUGGAGUUCUUUGAUGAUCCGACACUCAUGUCUUUUGACAGGUUCGCACCUAGUCUUUCCUUUCCUGAGCAGAGCACAUGA